AUGGAGAACACAAUGGCUUACCAUGAGAUUGAGUCCACAGUACAACAAUAUUCAGAAAGUCAACAGAACAAGUGGGGUGACAGUCUUACUCAGAAAUCUAUCAUCGAACUACCAGCCCGGACUUUCAUCAACAUAAGAUCCAAUCCGUUAGAUGAGCUAAAAGUCAUUUGGAAGGAAUGGACCCCAGCACGCCGUUUAAAAUUCUCUCAAACAUAUGGGCACAUUGGUUUCUUGUUGCAUGUAUCGGUAAAUAUCCCUGCCAUAAAAGCACUGGUCGAGUUCUGGAAUCCACCAUAUCGUUGCUUUACAAUGAACGGUAUCGACUUGACACCAACCAUCAAGGAGUAUACUUCGCUUUUGCAUCUAGUCAAGUUACAUACACCAUACAAACCUUAUGUGCAUGAUGCUAGUGUUUCGUUCGUGAAGGAGAUGUACGAUGCUGUCGGGGUCAAAAUCCAGAAAACAUUCUCAGAGGGAGGUGCAGAAGUAAGGAAAAUCUCUUGGAAGCAGUUGAAAGAAAUAAUCGAAAAAGAAGAAAAAGAAGAGGUUCAAAUACAUAUGAUGGCAUUAGCUAUUUACGGUUUGAUCAUUUUUCCAAAAGAACUAAACACGAUCGAUCAAGCUACUGUUUCGUUUGUAGCACAAGUACGUAACGGGAUUAAUCCCGUUCAAGGCAUCCUGGCAGAAACCUUCAGAUCACUCAACAACUGCAGAAUCAGGAGGAGAGAACGUUUAAAAUGUUGUGUGCAGCUGUUAUAUGUCUGGAUGGUAGGUCACUUAUCGUCCAACAAAGGGGGCUUCCGUAGUAUUUUCUCAAUGAUCCGAAUCCCUUUGGCUGAAUUUGAGGAUACCCAAUUGAAGGAGCAGUUAGAUAAAUCUAAAUGGAACACAAAAAUGUGUGGCUUGAUCGACUCAGGGGUAACUUGGCUGGCGCCAUGGAUGGUCCGCUCUAACAUGAUAUAUCGGUGUGGAAAUCUUCCAUGGGUUCCAUUACUAGGCCCAUGGGGAGGGAUAGCAUAUGCCCCUUUGAUGGUCAGAAGGCAAUUGGGGGCAUCUCAGUUUGUGCCUAUGACUCAUGGAUUGGCUGAUUCAGACUUUGCAUAUGAAACAGGAGACACUCGAAACCAGAUUAGAAAAUUUAUGGUGGCAUGGAAGCAUGUGAACCUAAUAGACCCGAGUGAUGGAUUGCCACAGUCCAGGAAAUUAUGA